GAGUUUGCGAAGGAGAAGUCGUUUUGGACAGCACUUGCAAGUUCGUUGGCAGGACGGAGUGCUUGGAGCAGUUGUUAGGCCUGGCACCGGAAGAACUCACCUCAAAGACGUUCGUCGAUUUGUUGCAGGAUGAGGACAGCCAUCAAAAGUUCUCUCAGUUCAUAGCAGCGAGUGAGGAAACUGCCUCAACCCCUGCAGGGCUGCGGGUGUCGUUUCAAACAGCCCAUGGUAGCCCGUGCUCAGUAGAUCUUUUCCAUGUCCUGGUGCCCAAUCUCUUCCAAGAAGAUGGUCAGGCGCAGCAUCUUAUUGUUUUGAAAGAAGAUGCCGAAAGCAGGAUCCGACGAGCAGAACCCGAUGGGGAAGCCUGCGACAUCAUCCGGGAUUGGCACGCUCGAAGGUUGGCCUCUGAAGGUCCUUCCUCCGAAGGUGACACUUUGGACGUUUACGAGGAACUUCAAUGUAUGACUUUGCUGGUGAACCCUGAGGACUUUGGUGACAUCGAGGAGGCGCAUUUGAAAUUCCAGCGCCAAAGCUCGGAACCACAGAUGCGGCUGGGAAUGCCCACGCUGAGGCGUUUUACAGUCUCCACCGAUUGGAGCAAUCUUCGGCAGAAACUGCAGUUUUACCUUCAAGCCGUUCGAGAGCAACAAGCACCAGAGAGCAUGCUCCUAGGGCCCUUGCUCUUCAGAUUGCCAGGGGAAUCCAGGAGCUUUUUGCAAGCGAGACAUGUAUCUCUUAGCCCGGCUAUGGGGCAUGGACCUCCUCGUUUUUGGCUGCUGAUGAAGGACUUCAAUCCCACCAGGGUACGGAAUCUAAAACUGCAAGCAGACAUCCGGGAUUGGAGCCGUGCAGAUCACCCGCAGCUGAUGGCCGCAGUUCAGCCCGGGGCUCCAGCGGUAGAGCCGAUGGAGUCCCGUGGCUUUUCGGAAUCUGAUGAAGAGCCCAACGGUUCCUCCGUGGCAGAUGGUACGCCUGCAAAAUCGCAAGGUCCUGACUUACAGAAGAUGAUUCGGAAGAUCGCCGCUUUUGCUGCCCAGCGCCGCCUGAAUGACGCGGUCAAAGCUUUUGGGGAGAUCUCUGCGAAGGGCUUGGAACCGAGUGUGCAAGCCUACGCCAGCCUCAUCAACGCACAUGUGAACAGCGGCGAUAUGUCAGGAGCUGCUGAUGUUUUCAAGAAGAUGCUGAGCGAUGGACUUCGAUCCAACGUGGUCGUCUGCACUGCUUUGCUGAAGGGAUACUGCCGGGCUGGAGACGUGCCGGGUGCAAUGGAAGUGCUCCAAAGCAUGUUGAGCCAGGAGCCUCCAGUACCUCGGCAGAGCUUCAAGCAUGGAAACGCGCUGCCAAACGCGAUGCCAAGGCAGCAGAAGAAGCCGCCAAUGCAGGCCCGGUGCGAACGUCAUCAGCGUCCAGCGGAGAUUUGUGGCAGCGUGACAGCACGGUCUCUCUUUGGCAUUUUAACCCUUUGCAGUGGCAAAGGCCCUUCAAAAAAACAGAGCCACGACGACUCGUUUGAGGCGCCGAAGCUUGUGGAUUUCCUGAAGGAGAAUGGCGAGGCCAAGCCAUCCAAGGAGAGCAAGGAGCCUGCUGAGGGUGACGAAGGGGAGAAGGAAGAGCCAGUUGCAGAGGCCACUGCCAGUUCCACUUUCGCGCUGCUCGUCUCGCGCAUGGCCUGGAUGAAUUCUUUGGGCCUGGCGGAGCCGAAAAACGCUGAGGAUGCGGUGGGGAAAUGGCAACAGAUGCGGAAGUUAGAGGUGGAUGGCGGGCCGCGGAAGUCCAAACGAGGCAGUCCCAGUUUUGACAGGAUCGUUGUGAAUUUCUCGCAGUUCCUACCGCAGUACUUCCAUGCUCUGCUGGUGUUGGCGAUGCUUCACGCCUUUCUGUUUCGUUCCUACUUCGCUUGUUUACCGUGGCUGGUGCUGUGGCAGACCGUGUCCCUGCUGAUCCCUUUGGAGACUAUGGAGAAGGUGCCACAGGUGCCAUUGAGCCAAUGUCCCGUGAAGUUUCGCGUUGCUGCGACCCUGGCACUCAACGGCCUGAUGUUGCUCUUCUUCGCUUGGGAGCUUUUGUGGCGGAUGAAUUUCUUUGUGAAGUUCUUGGUCGUUGGGCUGUUGACCUUGCACGCUCAUUCCGUGAAGCCACUAGCAGCCUGA